AGGAAAAAAAUAGAGUAGUCUUUCUGCAUUAUGAAGCUGGCAUUCAAUUUCUGAAACCUCUCUUCUUACACUUUUCAGAAAAUUUUCAUUCCUGCAAACACUGCCACCCUGAUCACCUCUCUCUCUCUCUCUACCAUAUAUUUACUUUGAUUUUUAUUUACCUCCCUACGACUUGUCUGCUCUCAUCUAGGUUUGGUGUGGUUGCGGCCGCUUGCUCUCUUCUUCUCCACCCACUUCUGAAAAAUGGGCAGCACUCAAAAUUGCGCCUGUUGGCACAGAAAUAGACAUCUAAUCAUUUCCAUCUUCCUACUCUUGGUUUCAAGCUCGACCCAUCUGAGAUUCAUGGCUGAAGGUGCUCGACUAAUUUCAAGCAAGCUUACUAAGGCUGCUCCGAGAGGUCAUGUUCUUGAGGAAAAUGAAGCUGGGGUGGUGGUCAACGCACGUCAAAUAGGAUCAAGACCACCAAGGUGUGAGAGCAGGUGCAGUGCUUGUGGGCAUUGUGUGGCAGUUCAGGUCCCUGUUUCCCCCCAAGUCCAAGGCCACAGUAAAAUCAGAAGCCAUGGCAGCCUCCCUGAUUCCACCAGAACAAGCCCCAAGAAUGUAGCUUACUCCAGAGGCGAUGACAUUACAAAUUAUAAGCCUAUAAGCUGGAAAUGCAAGUGUGGGGAUUUGCUCUUCAACCCUUGACUGUUUUUUAUCCUAGUAUUAGCCCAUCCAUGUUUAAUCUUCCAUUAUUUGGUAAAUAACAAUUAUGAAUUGUUAGAGGAAAAAAAAAACAGAAAAACUUUUAUCUGUACACUCUUAUGAAGGUUUCUUUCUUUUUUCUUUUUUUGGGUUCUUCUUGGUAUUUUUGGUGUGAAUGUGUUCUGUACAGAAAUAACAGUUGCUUAUUUCCCCAUUUUUUGCAACUGACUUUUUAGUUAUAUUUUUAUUGGGAGAUUCUCCAGAAAGUAUUUUAUUUUAUGUUAUGGAUUAUUUAUAUACUUCUAAUAUUGGUCAUUGGAUUGCAUUCAUUAAAUGUGUUGAUAGUCUCUUAAAUGGAAUCCAACUGCCGAAAUUAUAAGUAAGUAACCAAUCAUUAACUUAAAUACUUAUAGGAGAAUGUCCCUAUUUUAUUAAUUUGAUAAAAGAUGAUGGUUAGUAAAAUGAGAUUAUAAAUAACAAAAUUCUAAGGGCCAUUUUGGCAUUGCUAUGCUGUGAAAAUAAUCUUAGUCGGAUUUGCUGUGAGAGAAAGCAGUUUGACGUUUGGUAAACUGUUUGUUAAAAGUGUUUUUGGUACAAUAAUCAGUUUCUAAAUGUUUGGUAAUUUUUAUUUUUAUUUUUUUUGCGAAAGUGUUGUGAACUGUGCAUAAUGACUAAAAAAGGGAUUAUAUUAAAAUGGAUUUUCUAUUAAAGUCUUUGAUAAAAGAGUAAGCACUUUCACUUUAUAUAUAUAUAUAUAUAUAUUUGUAUCAAAUAUGUUUCCAAUCCAUCCUACACUAAAAAUAAGGUAUUAUGUUGAAAAUUAAAUAUUUGUAUUCAAAUGCUCUAAACUAAUGUUUCAAGUUAAAUACAAUAUAUUCCAUUAAAAAUAAAUUUUAUAUCAAAGAAACAAAAACAGGAACGGAAAAAGAAAAAAAAAAUCAACAGCAACAACUAUUGAAGUUAAAACUCUAGAAAUUAAAGAGAGAGUGAGGAAUGAAAUUUAUAGUUAAAACCCUAGAAAUUAAAGAGAAAGAGGAAAGAAUGAGAUUGAGAAGAAAUAAACAUAAUAUGCCUCUUACUUGAGUCUUGUGGCUUCUCAAGAGUAUGCUUCAAUUGA